CAACAAACGUGCUGGAGCCCAAAGUCCUUGCACUGCCACUGACUCUCAAGAGGGGAUUGCUCCGCGUUGGCUACCCAGAAUCGCCAGCUUCAUCUGCCUACCAUCGCAUUACUCACCUGUCAGUCUCGACUCCGAGUCGCAAAUAUACGUAUGUGUUUGUGUUUAUAUAACAAAACAACAACACGCUGGAUUGCCGGCUAGCUUACCCCGGACUCCGACGGUCAAUCCCCAGCAAGGCAGGAUUCCCAAGUGAGCGCAAUGCCAAAUAAGCCAAUGUACCCUCCUGCUGGGCCGAUGGGAGCAACGUCCAGACCUAGGCAGUAUCACCCGUCUAGAGAGCCAAAGCCGUCGCUGUUAGUAAAGAGAACGAUAUCCGAAGACUGCACAAAAGUCUCAGACUCUGACCAACCGCGCAAAUACCACUGUCUGCUGAAAGAAAUCGAGCGGCGAGAGAAACCACAUCUUGAUGUUCUGAGGCCACUUUCCGUCCAUAUGGCCCACGUUGGUGGUAAUGGUUACUCUCAGCCUUAUAUGUCACCACCAGUUGCAAAUCACCACCCCCCUGUGCUUGUUGAGGCACCAGAAUCUGGUUCGAAGAAGAAGCGAGAAUACGUAUGUACGCUGCCGGAGUGUGGGAAAAGCUUCGCUCAGAAGACCCAUUUGGACAUCCAUACGAGAGCCCACACCGGGGACAAGCCCUUCAUUUGCAAAGAGCCCGGAUGCGGACAGCGAUUCUCACAGCUAGGAAACCUCAAGAGACGCCACACAGGAGAGAAACCCUUCUCGUGCGACAUCUGUCAGAAACGUUUCGCCCAGCGAGAGAGCGUCCGCGCUCAUAAGAUCACCCAUCAAUCAAGAAAGCCCGUUCCCCGACCGCUUCAGAGAAGCCCAAGACUACACCAGAGGCCGGAUUACCCCGCAAAGAUCGUCAGGCAGCGGAAUCUAAGAAACUCAUAUGACUCUACCAACGUUGAUGGAAACGGGACAAAUCGGUGAUGGCAUGGGCUUUACGCCACAGCGGCAGCAGGAGUUUCUCGGGCAAAGAGAGAUAUUACUCGCCCAGCAAGGGCGCUUAAGUGACGGCCAGCUCACCCCCGAGGAGUUUGCUCAAGCACGAGCGUUGCUCUUGCUGCUGCCGAGCAAGAACAGCCGCAGAACACGGAAGACAUGAAUAUGCACCUAGGAGCGAACAUGCGACAGCCGUACCCGCAACUCUAUCAACGACGCUUAUUCAAAAUGAACCAGGAUAUGGGCUGUUGGUCUAAUGUUCCGAUAUGAACCGCCUACCC